CAAGACCGACUGUCAGUCUAAACUCAAAAAGAAGAAGAAGGUGAACCCUCCCGCUCCGCCCUCUCAGACACACUGUACAGUAAAAGCUAACUGGGAUAUUUAAAAAAACACUAUACAAUUAAACACACAGUAAAUUCCAACGUCAAGAAUGAGCGGGAUACCAGGGACUGCAGUCGUCCAGGUCACCAACCUGUCCUCGGCUGUGAGCAGCGAGCAGAUGCGGACUCUGUUCGGCUUCCUGGGAGACAUCGAGGAACUGCGCCUCUAUCCGCCGGACAACGCUCCCCUGUCUUUUUCGUCUAAAGUGUGUUACAUAAAGUACCGAGAGCCUUCCAGUGUUGGUGUGGCGCAACAUCUCACCAACACUGUUUUUAUUGACAGAGCUUUGAUAGUGGUGCCAUGUGCGGAAGGGAAAAUCCCAGAAGAGGCCAAGGCUCUGUCUCUGCUGGCACCUGCCGCCCCAGUGCCCAGCCUGAUUCCCGGUGGAGGAUUACUGCCAAUUCCGACCCCAGCUCCACUUCAGAAUCUGAACCUCCCGCUGGUGAACCGGGUUUCCGGCGGCCUGAGCCCCACCUCCUCGGUGAUCUCCCAGCCUCCGCUCGUAGGGAAUGUCGACCCGUCCAAAAUCGACGAGAUCCGGCGGACGGUUUACGUUGGCAACUUGAACUCACAGACCACCACUGCAGAACAGCUGUUGGAGUUCUUCAAGCAGGUGGGCGACGUCAAGUUCGUGCGAAUGGCGGGCGACGAGACCCAGCCCACACGCUUUGCCUUCGUGGAGUUUGUGGAGCAGGACUCCGUCGCCAGAGCUCUGACGUUCAACGGAGUCAUGUUUGGAGACAGGCCCCUGAAGGUGAAUCAUUCCAAUAACGCCAUAGUCAAACCCCCGGAGCUGACGCCCCAGGCUGCAGCCAAGGAGCUGGAGAGCGUGAUGAAGAGGGUGAGAGAAGCCCAGUCCACCAUCGCCGCCGCCAUAGAGCCAGCAGAGACCCCGGUGCGUUCCUCCAGCCGGUCCAUGAGGCUGCGGCGCUCUCGGUCGCGCUCGCACUCCAGAUCCCGCCGGAAAAGGUCCCGCUCCAAGCACAGACCGUCGAAGAGGUUGUGGACGGGGGGCGACUCGCACAGCUCCAGAAGCGGCCACAGGAGGCGCUCUCGCUCCAAAGACAGGAGGCGCGCCCGCAGUCGCUCCAGAGGCCACAAAAGGAGGAGCAAGGAUCGGUCCAGAAGCCCCCGAAGGAAAGCCCGGUCGCCCUCCCCAAAACGAGGUAAGAGGGAGAAGAGGAGGGAGCGCAGCAGGGACAGAAGGGAGCAGUCCGCAUCCCGGAAGAGGAGCCGCAAAGAUGAAGACAGGAUAAAGAGCAAAUCCAAGACCUCAAAGCAGGAGGCGACUCACAACAGAGAGAAGGAAGAGUAUGAAAGUUACAGAGAGGACUCGGCCUCGCCAAGCGAGGACGUGAUGUCAUCACCCUGCGCCCAGCACAACGGCAGCUACAAGGCCCACAGCCAACUGGACAGCACCAAGUGACCGUCUCAGCCCCGCCGCCCCAUCCCAGCGUCCACAUGCGUGAAAAACUGAAUAACCGUCACAGAAUCAUUCGUCUUAACAUUGCUCCAAUAGUUUUUCCUUCUUUUCUUCAGGCAGUACUUUUUUUUUAAGGCUUUUCUGUUGGCUGGUGGUGGUCCCCACCUGCAUGCUUGCUCUGAGGGAGGACACUCGUACCACACCCAGCAUCACAGCUGCUUUCCCCGGUGGCUCCAUCACUGCCCCCCCCUCCCCCAUGUUCCCCCUUCCCCUUCAUCACUGUCUGUAAACUUUAAUAAGUUAAGAGGAAACCUAAAAAAGACAUUUUAUUCCCCCAGAUUAUCAGCAUUUGUCACAUUGCAACACAAACCCCAUUUCCUUAACUUGAUAAACUCCAUAACUCAGCUUUCCGAGCAGCAAGAAGCCGCACCUUAAUAAUCGUCUUGCUUAUGAGGUGGCUGUUUCCAUGCCUGUAGUCAGAGAGAACGGGGUUCAAACGGUCAGCUGCGACACCGAGAGAGGAAGAAGGCAGCUGCGAGAAAGGAAAGGAAGAAAAAAGAGCUUGGCUAAUCAGCUAUGUUUGUACGUGUGCAAACGCUCAAAGUCAUGUCAUACAGAGUUUUAUCUGUAAAGCUGAUCUGCUCGUAGAGUGUUUCUCUAUCCUGUAUUUCAGGUAAGCUUUGCCACAUGUCAGAUAUAAUGUUGCCUCAAAAUGAAUCAUGAAUCUCCCUUUUGGCCUCUAACAUGCUGUGAUGAUGGUCCUUAAAUGAGUUAGACUGUAUUUUAAGAUGUAAAGAUUUUAGUUAAACAAUCAGUUACAGAUUCAAACUAUUCCCCGAACACGUAUACGUGCGUUUUGUUUAUUUCGAAGCUCUCACUUCAACCUGUUUUGUGAAAAGCUGGCCGUCUUAUUUCACGUGGUGUUUGUUGGGUGAGGUGUUUUUAACCAUUUUCAUUCAUUCUGUGGCUCUUCUUUUUGUGCGGCUGCGACAACUUCCCUUAUGUGGUUUGUUUAUUUACUGACUGAAGCAGUGGUACCGAGUUAAAAAUGGGAAGAUGAAAGAACAAAAAAUAAAGUAGCACACCCCCCACCCCCCUUCCCUCACUCACAAGCCUCCAGCUUGUUGUCAUUUUCUUGAAAGUCAUCUCUAUAGCGACCCACAUUUUUAUUUCUUAAAUUCGGUUUUCUUCUUGGAUCUCUCCUCUGACUUUUUAUGAAAUAUUUAUUUAUUUUUAUUUAUUUUUUAAUAAUUCCAACAAGAGAUUAAAAAAAACUAGUAUCACUGAGAAAAUUGAUUCUGACAUCUGUUCUUUGUGUAGAUGAAGGUAUAUUUAAACUCCCAAGGUUUGUGACUUGUUCAUUUACCGUUUGACUUCCUGUUUCCACAUCAUCUGGGAACCGAGCUGUGCUGCAAAACCCACUCCACAGGGCCGUUGUAAUUACUCUGUUGAACUUUGUUUUUUUUAAUAACUUUUUUUUAAUUUAGCUAAUGUGAAAGCAUUGCUUCCCUGUUUGUGGAGUUGUUUUUUCCCCCUAUAAAUAUAUAUCUGUACCGAAGUAGCUGCAGGCUCGGCGUGUAGAUAAGGUCAAAGGUCAGCAAACUGCUUGCAAGCACAGAAAUGUCAAAAAGUGCCUAGAUUAUAAUUGUACAGAAUAUCCAAGAUGAAUAAUAUGUUCUUUUAAAGUGUUGUACACAGUGUGUGGUAAUUGGUAGCAGAGUAGACU